ACCGGUAACGGUAGUCAUAAUAAUUGUCAUUGUAAGUUUAGACGCACGUGCAAAAGAUAUGAUUUUAUAAUUAUAAUAAUAUAACUUAUAUAUAGUAAAUACUUCAAUCAUGCCAGAUUUAUUUGAAGUAAUUGUAGGAACAUACGAGCAAUAUUUGCUCGGUUACAAAGUAAAUAAUAUCGUUAAUGAAUAUAAAAUGGAAAAGACUUUCGCAACUCAUAGUCAUAGCAGUAGUAUACGUAGUGUUGCGAGUAAUAAAUAUUAUUUAGCUUCUGGUGGAGCAGAUGAUUCUGUUUAUUUAUAUGAUUUGCGUCACAGAGUAGAAUCAGGUAGAUUAAUACAUCAUAAUGAUACCAUCAAUUGCAUCGCAUUUACACCUGAAGCAUCUCAUUUAUUUUCAUGUAGUAAUGAUGGAACUAUAGCUGCAGUCCGAUGUGGAAAUUGGCAAUUGGAAAAACAUUGGCAAAAACCACAUAAAGGUUUAGCAGUUAAUACUUUAGCUAUUCAUCCAACAGGAAAAAUAGCAUUGUCUACUGGAGCAGAUGGUAUUCUUCGUACUUGGAAUCUAGUUAAAGGAAGACAAGCAUAUGCUAUAAAUUUAGUACCAAGAUUGAAAUUAGAUGCAAAAAAUGUAAAUGUUCUUAAAUGGAGUCCUAAUGGCGAAAAAUAUUUAAUGGCUGUGAACCAAAAAAUAGAUGUAUAUUCUGUAGAAUUAGCAGGAAUCGAUACUGAAAUUGAAUUUGAUUCAAAAAUUGUUUGUGUAGAAUUUUUACAAGAUGAUUUAAUUGCUGUUGGCUUGGAAAAUGGUCAAAUUAAAUUUUACGAUCUUGAAAAAUCCGUGCAAACUGUAGAAGCGAUUGCACAUGAUAUAAGAGUGAAAUGUAUGGCUUUCAAGAAGGAUUUAUUAGUUACAGCUUGCAGUUCUGGAGAAAUUAAACUAUGGAAAUAUAGCAAACACAAAUUAAAUAUGAUAAAAAAGGUUAAUUGUGGUGCUCGAAUUACUUGUUUAUCUCUUGCAAUGUUAUAUGAGAAUCUUGUGUUUGAUAAUAAAUUAUCAAAAGAGGAACAAAAAAUACAGAAAAAAGAGAAAUUUUCGUUUCGGCAGGAAGUUAUUAUUGAGAACGAAAGUGAUUUGGAUGAAACAAUUACAAAUAAUAAUAAUAAUAAUAAUGCUUCUCAAUUAUUGAAAAAAAAAUUAAAAAAGAAAAGAAGUAUAGAAGAAGUACAAAAUCCAAAUAUUCCAAAUAGAAAGAAGAACAAAUCGAUUAUAAAGAAAAAAAAGGCAGAAAAUGAUGUAAUAUUUGAGUUUACACCGAAAAAAAAAAGUAAAUUGUCGAAUAAUAAUGAUAAUUGCAAUUACAUUGAUGAUAAAAAUAAAAAGAAAGAAACUUUUUCAAGUAAGAAAAAAAAGAAACGCCUUAUAUCUUUAGAAGAAAAUAAUAAUGUAACUUCUAAAAAAACAAAUUGUGAAUUGACUGAAAAAAUUUUGAAACGGGAUAAUAUAACAUUCAAUCAAUCAAAAAAAAAAUCGAUAAAAUCAAAAGAAAAUGAUGAAGUUCCUGUGAAAAAAAGGAAAAAGGAAAUAAUUAUAAAAGAUAACGGAACGAAUUUAAAGAAAAGAAAAAAAAAACAAUGAAAUAAUGAAUUAUGCUGUUUCAAUUUAAAGAUAUUAUAUUUGCAUUCUGUACGAUAUUUACAGAAAAUAAAUUUUAUUAUAGAAAAUAUCUAAAAUACUAAUUCAUUUAAAUUAAAUAUUAUUUUUUAUAAAUCAGUCAAUAUUUAACUUUUAUUGUUUGCGUAUUUUUAUUAUAAAUAUUAUAUAAUACGCAAGACUAGUGAAUAAUGUUGAAGAAACAACAAGUUUUAAAUAAUGUUUGAUUAUAUACUCCAUAUAGAUUAAUUACCACAGAAUACAUUUUCGAGAUGGAUUCAUGGGACUUCCAUUCGGACAAUUCCAUGCUUUUGCGAAUUCCGCAUUAUUUGAUAAAGUUCCUAUAACUCUGAAAUGAUUUGGCGCAUGAACUCCUUGUAUCAAUUUAGAUUUUAAUGCCCCAUUUGUGUAAUUCCCACACCAAACCUAUGAAACAAAUACAUAUCUAUGAAUA